AUGAGGCGCCGACAGGCGGAAGAAGAGAAGCGCCGACGAAAGGAGGAGGAGCGACGGCGGAAGGAGGAAGAACGGCGGCAGAGAGAGGCAGAUAGAAAGUACCAGAAGCAAUUGGAACAGCAGCGAAGAGACGAAGAACGCAGAGCUGCGAAAGGAAAAGGAAAAGGCAAAGACGAUUCCAAAGGGAAAGGCAAGAAAGGAAAGCAACAGCAACAGCAGCAGUACACUCAACAACAGCCGCAGCGGCAACAGCAACAUCAACAGCAGCAGUCUUAUUCCCAGUCACGGCAGCAGCAGCAGCAACAGCAACAGCAGUUGCAGGUGUCCAAGAAGAACAAGCGUGGAGGCGGAGACUCUGGAGCCGCGGCCACAGCGUCAGGCGGAGCCACUGGUGCCAGCAGCGCCGUGGAUCCCAACACCUCGGUCCUGCAGCAGCCGGUGGCCUACACCAUGCCUGACCUGCCUCGAGACUGGGUCGCGGUGCAAGAUCCGCAGCUCGACAGAUGUACUAUUGGAAUCAGAUGA